AUGGCAAUCCCACGCAUCGCUUCUCGGCUAUUUUUUACAUUGCCUCUUUCAAUACCGCAAGGAGUCCGCGGUUUCUCACCAAACAAGGCUGUAGCUGUUCGACCGUUCUCUUACUCCGCGCGGAAUGGAUCCCCUAAGACAGACAUCCUGGUGGAAUUGGCCAAAGCUCGACGAACCGUCUAUCAGUUGGGCAGUAACAGCCCUGUUCCGGACUCCGAAAUCGAGAAGCUUGUUCAUGCUGCCAUUCUGAACGUCCCCAGUGCCUUCAAUACCCAGUCGACACGACUGCUUGUGCUGUUGCACCGCGAGCACGAGCGCCUGUGGGAUGUCGCAAUCGAAGUCUUUAAGAACCUACUGAACACAGGUGCUAUUCCCAAAGAAGUUUGGGAAAGGCAGACACUGCCGAAGCUGCAGGGAUUCCGAGCCGGCGUGGGAACGAUUCUCUUUUACGAAGACCCAACGCAUAUUAAGCCAUUCUCGGAGAAGUUCCCUCUAUACAGAAACCAGUUUCAGCCUUGGGCUGAACACUCCAAUGCCAUGCAUCAGUUCUUCCUCUGGACCGGACUCGAAUCCCUUGGCUUCGCGGCAAACUUGCAGCAUUAUAAUCCUCUAAUUGACGGCCCAGUCGCUAAGCAAUGGGAUAUCCCUUCCGAGUGGAAACUUGUCGCACAGUUGGUGUUCGGUAGCCCUAAGGGAGUUCCUGGGGAGAAGAGCCAGAAGCCAAUUGAGGACCGCGUUAAGAUAUAUGGGAGGCGGUAA